AUGGCGUGCUCCGAAAUACAGCAAAAAGUACUCCGUAUGGAGUUAGAUAGAGGGGGUGCCUUUGAUUUUUCAAACUGUAUUCGUAAUAUGGCACUCGCCAGGAUGGGAGCGCCUGCACCCAAGGUUCGCUCAACGGGUACCACCAUUGUUGCUGCUACAUUUAAGGGUGGACUGGUUAUGGGUGCUGAUUCUCGUGCCACAGCUGGUAAUAUAAUUGCUGACAAGCACUGUGAAAAAGUUCACUACCUAACCGAUUCCAUUUACGCGUGCGGAGCCGGUACUGCUGCUGAUUUGGACCAGGUAUGCAAAAUGUUGUCUGGAACGUUACGCCUUAUGGAACUCAAUACAGGGAGAAAAGCGCGAGUUAUAACUGCUCUUCGUCAUGCUAAGCAGCAUUUAUUCAACUAUCAAGGCUAUGUUGGAGCAUAUCUGCUCAUAGGUGGCGUCGACCCUACUGGACCACAUUUGUAUGAGUGCUCAGCAAAUGGUACGACUAUGGCAAAGCCGUACGCUGCUCAGGGUUCUGGAAGUUACGCUGCUAUUUCGAUUCUGGAGAGAGAUUUUAAGCCAGACAUGACGGAAGAAGACUGUGUCGCUCUUGUGCAGCGUGCUCUGCAAGCUGGUAUGCACGGAGAUAAUGCCUCCGGAAAUAGCUUGAACUUCGUGGUCAUGCGACCAGGCAAGACUGAAUUCAAGGGACCUAUUGUGCCGAAUUUCUGCAAGGUUCCUGAGCCGAUAGACUUGCAGUACAAGUUCAAGCCUGGCUCGACAAAAGUUUUGAAGAAAAAAGUCUAUAAAUUUGAUGUAAUUGAGUCCAUGGAUGUGAGCCACUGA